AUGACAGAUAAACUUUAAACAAUAGUAAACCGAGAAGAACAGUUAGUAAACACAGAUAAUAGAGCUGAAUUUUCUUUAGGAAAAUUUACACCAAUUGAACUAGCAUGGGAUAAACUUAUAAUAAAUGCCACCAUCAAAGUCGGAAAGACUACAACAGAGAAAUGCUUACUUAACAAUCUUAAAGGUGUGAUGAAACCUGCUCAUUUCACUGCUAUUUUAGGACCAUCAGGAUCAGGAAAAACUACUUUAUUAAACUUUUUGUCAGGUCGUUUAAUAUCUGACAAUCUAAAAAUAUCAGGAGAACUAUCCUUAAAUGGAAAGAGAAUUAAUGACAUUGACAAAUUUAAUGAUCAGAUGGCCUAUGUCAUGCAAGAUGAUAUAUUAUUAGCCACCUUCUCACCUAGAGAGGCCUUUUAUUUCUCAGCCAAUAUGAGACUGACAAUAAGUGCAGAGGAAAAAGCUUAAAGAGUAGAAGCUUUGAUUAGAGAAUUGGGAAUCACCAAAUGUGCAGACACCAGAGUAGGCAAUACAUAGAUCAGAGGAGUAUCAGGAGGUGAAAGAAAGAGGGCAAGUAUAGGAGUUGAAUUAUUAACAAAUCCAAGUCUCAUCUUUUUAGAUGAGCCUACCACUGGUUUGGAUUCCUCGACUGCCUUAUAAGUUAUUGAUCUACUCAAGAGAUUGGCCAAAAAUGGACGUACAAUAGUAAGUACCAUCCAUCAACCUUCAUCUGAAAUCUUUAAUAAUUUUGAUAGACUUAUGCUUUUGGUUAGAGGAAACAUUAUCUACCAAGGAGAUGCUGAAUAAGCUAUUGACUAUUUUGCUACCAUGGGAUAUCAAUGUCCUAACUUCUCUAAUCCCUCAGAUUACUUUAUGAAAUUGAUGAAUGAGGAAGGACUACUAGUCGAAAAGAUACAAGCAGGAGAGUCUGAUGAUUUCGAUGAGGCUUAAAUCAAAGCUGAAUUUGAAUAGAGAUUAGAAGGAUUCAUUCAAAAUUACAAGACUUCAAACAUGAUUAAGGAACUAGGAAACUCAUGA